AUGUCCUCUUUCAGACUCUUGGAUCUGCCUGCUGAGCUGCGCAAUGAAGUCUACAAGUUGGCACCUGGAGCUGGACAUCGCACAUCAUCGGAGUACAAGCUGAGCUGGCGGCAACUCCGCGUCCUCGAGCCCGCGCUCGACAAGUACGCCAAGAGACUCUUCCAAAGAUCUUCUGGGGCGAGCGUGUCUCUCAUGUGGACACUUUUGGCGACGCUCGUGUCUUCUUGGACAGACUUCCAAACAACAUUCAGGACUGCUGAAAAGUAUCCAGGUUGGAACUAG